AUGAAUAAUAUUCCAGACAAGUUUCCCAAUUUGCAUUGGGUCUGGACUGGAAGUAUUGGGUUCGUCUACGAAGUCCACCCGGGCAUCGUGGCCAAGAUUUUGCGCCUUGAUGAAGAGGGAGAAAAGCAAUUCAACAAAGAGCAAUUUUCGAAAGAGCUGGCAAUAUAUCAAAAAUUGUCACACUACGAGCUUUGUCCAUUCAUCGUUCAGUGCUACCAUCUUACCGACAACGGCAUCUUCCUCGAGUACAUGAGAGAUACAUCACUGAGUUUUCGAAUCCAGCUCCAUCAAAUCACACUUGAGGGCACUUCUAUGGUGAUAGGAUUGAAGAAACUUGAGCCUCUUCCACUCCGACUAGAAUGGAUGGACCAUCUCACUCAAGCGGUCGCCUUUUUGGAAUCAGUCAAUCUGGCCCAUAGCGACCUAAGGCCCGAAAAUGUCCUACUUGAUCGCAAUCAACUGAAACUAUGUGACUUUGAUUACGCGGGAUCAAUAGGCACGGAGCUGGAGGUAAUCACGGAGCCGUAUGGGAGAUAUCUCAAUAUCACCGAGGUGGACCAGGGUGAACCAGGGACUCCGGGUCUUCGCGGUGCUCGCACAGAGCAGUUUGCGCUCGGCUCCAUGUUCUACUUCAUAAAUCAUGGCUUCGAGGUGUACGGAGAGAGGUGGCUCACUGAGAACCAUAGCAAGCACAACAUUGCGGUAAUUGAUCGAUUAAAACACAUGGUGUUUCCUGAAUUGAGUGAUUCUGCCGUCGACGAUAUCAUCGACAAAUGCUGGCACAACAAUUAUACCAAGAUCGCGGACUUGGCUGCACAAAUCGCGACUCUUCGACUUGAUGGGACUGCCGAGGUGUCGGCAUCCAAUGUUACCAACAUAGGGUCCAAUGACUCUGGCAGUGAUGCAGUUGGUCAGAUUCAGUCGGCGAAGGAUGAUUUUCUUUUGAAAAAGCAACUUUGUCAGGACAUGGUCAGCAGCCGAUUUCUCAGUGUGCUCUCCUCGGAUAAGCCCGACAAACUUGGAUUCAGAUGUGAGUUUUAUAGAUACAUCUCCCAGUGA